CAGCCUUUCUUAUAAAAGAACCGGGGACCAACGUUAGACAGACAGUGCUACUGAUAGAUCCAGAAAAAUUAGUGCAACUUGCUCGAGGAACAGACAGGCUAGUGUCAGCUGACAGAGAAUGGCUUGCUUGAAACUUUACACAUUCCUGCUGCUGGCUGUCAUAAUCGGCAUCGUCGCUGCAAAACCAGGAUAUUUGGGUGGAUACGCCGGAUUCGGAGGGUACGGCGGCGGUUACUAUCCGUACCUGUACGGAUACAGAUACCCAUUUUACGGAUAUGGACUUGGUUACGGACACUAUGGCUUAGGCUAUGGUCAUGGAUAUGGUUAUGGUCACGGAUUCGGCCACUACGGUGGCUAUCACUAAUCGAAAAGACGACCAUUUGGAUUCCACGAUACACGAUAUAGGAAGGAAAGACGUUUAGAACGAUCUUAGUACCGAUUCUAUUGUCGUAAUCUCGUUUUACAACAUUGGGAACCGUGCUGUACGGAACGCGUCUACUUUUCGUCACUCGAAGGCAAUCGCUAUCUUCACUUCCGGUGCAAACUGCAUUUAUUGUUUCUCUCACAAAACCCUGAAUGUUAAUCACGACGAAAUUAAAGCAAUAACGAACACAUACUUCUUAAACAGACCAGCAGUGUCUGAUGAUACUUUAUAUUCUUUACAUCGUUGAAGAUUGUGCAACACGAAUAAAUAAACCAUAAAUUUGAAAUGGAAAUAUAAUUUUUGAAACGUCUUAUUAUCGAGCCACUCUCGAUGCACGACACAUUUCUAAAAUAAUACAUCCUUCAUUGAAUGAAUAACAUAUAUGUUUUUAUAUUUGUGACACUAAAACGAUGAUGAAAGUGCUGCUUCAUUUUAAACUGUGACUUAACAAUUUCUGUCGUUGAGUAAAAUUCAAAGAAGGCAUUACUGUUUAGGCUUAUAACUAAGAAUGUAUUGUUAUUGUUAAGAUUGUUGAAUAAAUUCCUCUUUAUUUCCUGCUA